AUGGAUACAGAUACGGAUAUAGAAGAGGGUGUUAAUGAUCCAAGAAACGGCGCCACCACAGAAGACAAAACUUAUCAAAAACCGCUGGCAGAACCACUAAUUGAGGUUCAAGAGCUAGCCAAAUGGUCGUUUUACAGAGCCAUAAUUUCAGAGUUUGUUGCCACUGCCUUGUUUCUUUAUGUUACUGUUUUAACCCUUAUUGGCUAUAAGAGCCAAAGUGACUCCACCAAGAAUCAUGAUAAUUGUGGUGGUGUUGGCCUUUUGGGCGUUUCAUGGGCUUUUGGCGGAAUGAUCUUUGUCCUUGUAUAUAACACCGCUGGUAUAUCAGGUAAUUAA